AUGAGAUUUGGAAAGAAGGGCAACUUGAGCCCGAGAUUUAUUGGACCAUUCGAGAUAACCGAAUGUGUCGGUUCCGUAGCUUAUAGACUUAAGCUACCUGAGGAGCUUAGUCGUAUCCAUGAUGUGUCCCACGUUUCAAAUUUAAAGAAAUGUCUAGCCAAUGAGUCGCUAGCUUUGACGCACCAUGAUGUGCAAAUUGAUGAAAACCUGAGGUUCAUUGAGAAACCGAUUUCGAUUGAGGAUCGACAGGUUAAAAAGCUUCGUAAGAAACUGAUCCCCAUCGUGAAUGUCAAAUGGGAUUCCCGUCGUGGCCCAGAAUAUACAUGGGAGGUUGAAGCAAAAAUGAGACAUAAAUACCCAUAUUUAUUUGAAUAA